AUGACAUCGGAACCAACCACAGUGGACACUACUACUUUAGAACAAUCAACCACACUGGAAGCAACCACUUCUGAAAAUACUACAUCAGAACAAACCACAGCGGAAACUGCUACUAUAGAACCAUCAACCACAUUGGAACAAACCACUUCUGAAAGUACGGCAUCAACACCAACCACAGAACCAACCACAAUUGAAACUACAAGUCUGGAGCCAACCACUACUGAAAGUACAACGUCAGAACCAACCACAGCGGAAACU